GUGAUUGGGAAAGACGGUAUACAGGAGAGAGUCCCCUGAUUCGGCUGGUCAACAUGACAUUAUCAGUCUCUUGAUGGGUCUCAGGAACUCGAUCAGAUGAGAUCUUGAGGUAUGAUAAUGCCUCCAGAUUUGAGUGGAUUUGUUUGGGUUUGUCUCCGCCGUGUGGUUGUUUUAAUUAGUGUGCUUCAGUGCCCAGAGUUUCAGCACCUGUGAGCAGGCCGUCCUGCCUUUGUCUGUAUGGAUGGGAAUGGCAGCAUCAGCUGUUGGUGGGAAACAUUUACACACAUCAUGGAAACACUUUGUGAUCAUUGUUAUAACGCUCCUGCUCUUAAGUACUCCUUCAGUAUGUGCACAGUGUCGAAUCUUGAGAUGUAAUUCAGAUUUUGUGGCUGCGAAUCUGGAAAUUGGCGUUAUUGGAGGAGGGGGUAAAGAGGGUGCUAAUGCCGGCUACUGCAGCGCCCUGCGGUCCUACGCUCUCUGCACCCAGCGGACGGCCCGAGCAUGCCGUGGAGACCUGGCGUACCACUCUGCCGUGCAGGGUAUCGAGGACCUGCUCAUCCAACACCGUUGCCCCAAAACAGGCCCCACAGCUCAGCCGCGGCCCCUGCCCCUGCCCCAGGCCGCUCUCUCAGGGGACAUAUGCUUCUAUGAGAAGGGGUUCAUGCAGAGGGAGGGCCGGGCCCCAGAGUACCUGCACUGCGGGGUGUUUGGGGACCCUCAUAUCCGCACCUUUAAUGAAGAGUUCCAGACGUGUGCUGUGCAGGGCGCCUGGCCUCUCAUAGACAACCAGUACCUGUACAUCCAGGCCACCAGCACGCGCACUAGAGGGAGCUCUUACACCACCGUACUCACAAAGAUCACGGUUAUCUUGAAGAACUGGCGUGAGUGUGCAGAGCUGCAGAUGUAUCAAGCGGAGCUAGAUAACGUUCCCCCGGCGUUUGUGGAUGGUUCUGUGACCGGCGGAGAUCGCAGAGGCCAUCAGAGCCUGCGCAUUCACUCUCACGAUCCUGGCCGACACGCUGAGGUCUGGGCUACGCACAUUGGGACGACGAUAGUGGUGCGUCAGGUCGGCAGGUCGCUGAGUCUGUCUGUCCGCUCCCCUCGUGCGAUCGUGGAGUCCUAUACGCCUGAGCAGGACUUGCAGUUGUGCGUAUGGGGGUGUCCGCUCUCACAGCGUCUGGAGACACCGUAUGCGCAUCCGUCCAUGCCUGCGUACGCUCACUGCUCCUCACUGCUUCCGGUGCGGGAUGUGUAUUUCCAGGCUUGCUUGUUUGAUCUACAGGUCACUGGAGAUUUGAACUCCAGUGCAUCAGCUGUGGUUGCGCUAGAGGAUGCUCGCGUGAUGAUCUCGGACCCUGAUAGGGUUCACCUGCUGACGGACAGGGCAGGUAACAACCCUCCAUCAUUGCCGGUGGUGCUGGCCUUAAGCGUCCUUGUAGAGACCCUCAGACAUGCUUUCUUUGGCCCAGUGUGACAUCAAAAACACUGCACUAAAACAUGCCUUAUGUGACGUUUGAAGGAUAUUUAUACUAUUGUUCAAUGUUUACAU